GAGAUCAUCGACAUGCAGCUCUCCCCUCGCUCAACACGCUCGAAGCGCGCUGCAUCACCCACGACCGGGCAAAAGCGGGCGCGCCAAGCCGAGCCGGCAGCCCCUGCGCAGGGCGCGCCCACCGCUCCCGCGCCGCCCGCCCCGGCCGGCGCGCCAGCGCUGUCCGAGUACGAGAAAGAGCGCCUCGCCAACAUCGCCAAGAACCACGAGCAGCUCGCGGCGCUCGGUCUCGACCUGGCCUCGACGCGCCUCAAGCCGGCACGGGCGCCCCCAAAGCCGCGCAAGCCGCGCGAGCCGCUGCCCGAGGCGAGCCGCCGCUCUUCGCGGCUCGAGGGCGGGCCGCGCAAGAGCUAUGCCGAGGAGAGCCUCGGCGCGGCCAGUCUGCUGCCGCCCGGCACGGCGCUCGACGUGCCGGCGGCGCGGCGCGCUCCUCGCGCCAGGCGGCUGGUGGACCCGGGCGCGCCGGCCGUGCUCCCGCCGCCGCCCCCCUCGGAGGAGGAGGAGGUGGCCCGGCUGCAAGAGGCGAGGGCCCUCUACAAGGAGUGCUUUGUGCGCAUCAAGCAGGCGACGGGCGGAGGCCGCGCCGACCUCAAGGCGAUGAGCGAAGUCGGCGCCUUGGGGCUCAAGUGCUGCGAGGGGCGGCACGUCGGCAGCCUGCCCGGCAUGCCUCCCGGGACCGAGUUCCACAACCGCGCCGAGAUGCAGGUGUGCGGGAUGCACCGCAAGUGGCUGUCGGGCAUCGACUACCGGCCGGCCAAGGACGGCGAGGAGGCGGUCGCGACGGCGGUCGUCUCGUCGGGCGGGUACGAGGACGACGAGGACGACGGCGACGAGCUGUGGUAUACCGGCUCGGGCGGGAACGACCUGCUGAGCAGCCGGCGGCAGACGGGCGCGCAGAAGCUCGAGAAGGGCAGACGCAACCUCGCGCUCAAGAACAACCUCGAGAGGGGCACGCCGGUCCGGCUGCUGCGGUACGUGGGAGAGGUGCCGCCCGAGCGGUCGUACUCCCAGCGCCUCUUCAUCUACGACGGCCUCUACGCGGUGACCGACUACAAGUACGAGGUCGGCGCGCGCCAGCACGGCGUCUUCAAGUUCAAGCUCGUCCGGUGCGCCGGCCAGCCGCCGUUGCGCAAGGAGGCGUCCGCCAAGCUGCACCAGCGGCUCGUCGACCUCGCGCACCGUGACGGCACCGCGGGCGAGCGCCACCGCGUCAGCUGAAGCGGCAGGAGCGCGUGGGGACCGGCGCCACACCCCGGCAGCAAUAGUCUCGGCACUCCUCGCGCCCUGGGGGUUUAAGUUGUCCCCCCGCUGCCGCGCAGCAUGACCAACCCGCAUGGGCGUCGCUCAUUGCUAGGAGCUCACUCUCUGCUCACUCACCAUCAAUGUUAUGACAUGGUACGACACCGGCGC